AUGCAGUGGGUUGUGUUGCUCUGUUUUAUUGGAUUAACGAAAGGUGCCAAAGGUUACCAAAAUGUAACAAUUGAUGCUGUUCCCCUUCAAAUUAGGCAAUUCAAGACGGAGCAUCCAUUGCCGAUCGGUGUCUUAACAACUACAGUCGGAGCUCCAAUAGACAUAAGGAAUACUAAAAGCGAAAACUCUGAUGUAUUUGUGAAUGAUUAUUUCUACGACUCGCAGUUUCAUAUCGACUUCGAAAGAAUUGCAGAGAGAGUCGUACAUUCUAAGGCGAUUGGUGCAUUCGGAUAUUUUGAAGUAACUAAUGAUGUGUCCGAAUAUACGAGUGCUGAUACUUUUAAUGGAAUCGGAAAGAAAACACCAGUUUUUGGAAGGUUCUCUACGGCAAGACAAAACCUAGGUGGCCCUGAACUUGGUAGAGAAAAUAAAGGGUUAUCCCUCAAGAUGUAUACAAAAGAAGGCAACUUGGACUUUCUCUGUUUGCACACUCCUGUUUUUGAAUAUAUUGAUCCGGUUGAUUUUACUCCCUUUGUUCGAGCUAAUCGAAGAAACCCUAAAACAAAUAUGUUUGAUAUGACAAUGGCUUGGGACUUUUUAACGCUAAAACCGACAGUUCUCCACCCCCUCCUUUGGCGGUUUUCAGAUUAUGGUAUUCCUUACGGUUACAGAAAAAUGGAUAUUUUCCCGAUACACGCAUAUGAACUAAACAAUAAACAUGGUGAUCGAUAUUUAGCGAAAUUCAACUUUCGAACGGAACUAGGCUUAGACAAUCUUACUAACGCUGAAGCACAGGCUAUAGCCAGUCAAGAACCAGAAUUCUUUUCUAAGGACUUAUACAAUGCUAUUGCAAACAAAAACUACCCAUCGUGGAGGUUGGAAAUAGAUAUAAUGCCCCUUGAACAAGCUAAAAAACUUGAUUACAAUCCAUUUGACGUCAACAGGCUGUGGAAAAGGGGAACUUUCAAAACUGUCACCAUAGGACGAUUAGUUUUUGAUAAACACUCAGACAAUCACUUUAGAGAUACAGAACAAAGCGCUUUCAGUCCUUCUAAUUUGGUGCCAGGUAUUCCUGGGCCAGCUGAUCUAAUGUUUAAAGCUCGGAGGGCAGCCUAUAUACAUGCACAUGCAAAUCGUGUGGGAAUCAAUGUUGAAAAUGUCAGAAUAAAUCGACCCAUAUAUAGGAAAACCUAUGUGCGCGAUGGCUCCCCACCAGUAACAGAUAAUAUGAACGAUGCACCGAAUUACUAUCCAAAUACAUUUAAUGGUCCUGUUCCUAUUGUUGAUAAGAGUCGACCUAGUGAAAAAUUAAUAGUUCUCGAUAAAACUUCAAUCGAUUUUGAGCCUUUAUCAUAUUUUUACAAUCAUAUUUUAGAAAAUGAUGCACACAGACAAAGAAUGGCUGACAAUACUGCAGCAUCGCUAGUCCUAGUCGAUAUAGAAGUCGUGAAGAAAUCAAUAAAGCUACUUUAUCUUGCAGAUCCAGAUUUAGGAAGAAAAGUAACUCAAAGUUACAAGGAACAGCGGAGGAUAGCAAACGCUGCUGCAAAAUUAGAUGCUAGAACAAGAUAUCAGCCUAUCGCUCAAAGUAUAAGUGAAUUAAGCCAAUACAUUUUAAAAGCAACGAUAAACUUGUAA